AUGAAACCCGCCCUUAUGAGCUUCUUCGUCUUAAUGUCCUUACCUUUGUCUAUUUACUCUAUGCCUACUACAGAGGUGACAGAGGCCAUUAAUGAGACCGAGGCUCUGAACAUUAAUGAAGCUGUCAAGAUGCCGGAUUCUCUGGCUCUGUAUCACCUUGAGGACUUUGAGUCCGAAAACCAUGCCCUCGAGAAGCGCAGGCACGUUACAGUUUGCGAAAGAAUCAUCACUAUCACCUCUCACUGCGUUAUCAUCGGGGGCGCUAUCAAGGACGGAAUUCUCCAAAUCAGUGCUGCCAUUAAGCAUGCAUCAAAUGUCAAGACUUGUUCCACCUUUACCGGACAUGCUGGCCCGAACGGCAACCUCUUCUACCGCUAUCGCUCUACUGGUAGACACUGUGACACAACUGCUGAGCAGGAAACCAUCGCAGGUGCAAUCGAGCAUCACAUCAAGAACCAUGGGCACAAGAUCUGCGGUACUCAGUGUUUGGAACUAACCCAUGGCGGAACCUGGCACGGAUAUCUCCUCAUUGGACCGGCGAGCAACUUUGACCAUAAGGCUUACUGUGGACCGAAAGUCACCUUCAAGCAUUGCGACUCGGGAGGCAAGGGAGACAUGAAUUAG